AUGGGCAAGCGACACCGCUCAGACACCGCUGUCGACGCUGCUACCGCUGUCGAGCCCGCCGACGACGCCGCGAGGAAGGUGGCGAAGAAACAGCGCAAGGAGGAGAAGAAGCGCAAGCGGCUCGACAAGGACGCUGCGGCUGCUGAGGCUGGUACAACGAGGACCGCUGUGGCGGACCAGGCUGGCUUGAACGGUGCACAGGGCGAGCAGGACGCAGGAGACGAGACUACCACGGACGACCGUGCUGCCCGCAAAGCAGCCAAGGCGGCGCGCAAAGAGGCGAAGAAGGCGGCCAAAGCGGCGGGAAACAACGCCGCGCCAGAACAGCCCGCUGGGGACGGCAUUGACAGCGAGCAGGUCGAGAAGAAGAAGCGCAAGAAGGACGAGAAGGGGAAGGGGAAGCAACUCGCGGCGACGCCGGAGCAGGACGAGACUGCGACCGUUGCGCCAGUCAAGGAGAAGCGCAAGAAGAGCAAGAAGCGUCGAGCGGCGGCGGACGCCGCGAUUCAGGCCGGAAUCGACCCGAGUCUUGCGAGUCUCCUCGACGACAGGGACUUUCCUGUCUAUCCUGGCGCCUUCAACGGCAGCGAGCGCAAUGUCGGCGCCUAUACUUCCGCCGCUGCUGCCAUCGCGGAACCGGAAAACGCCUACUCCAACUUCAACGCCUCCUUCGGGUACUUCAGCGCCGUCCAGCCUCACCAUUACAGCCAGACCCUGCAAGACAUCCCCGUCGACCCGUCGCUCAUCGAGGUUCGCGCUCCCGACCACGCAUCGACCUCUGCUUCAUUGCCCGACCCGCAAGAUCAAAUCGUUUCGCCUACGGUCGAGCGCGAGGUGAGGCUCGAGGACGUCGAGAAGCGAAAGGCGAAGGAGGACAAGGGGAAGAAGAAGAAGGCGGACGCGCCACCGAAGAAGCGCAAGCGUACCGCGGCUGGCGAGGAAGGGACGACGCGGACGAAGCGUAAGAAGACGCAGGGAACGCUUGGCGCGGAGGGUGUCGAGGCGGCGAAGGGCGACUUUACGGAGCAGCUCGUCACGAAGUGGUGGACUUCGGCGGACUUGAAGAAGCUUGCCGAAGAGCACGGCGCGACGUACAAGAGCGGCAAGUUCAGCAAAGUCGAAGACGACACUCUGCGCGCCACCAUCGAGGCUUUCCGCGCAGAGCAGGACCUGACGCAAGACGAACUCGCAACGCUUUUCAACACCAAGCGCGACAUCAAAGCAAAGCCGAACGGCGUCGUCGCGCCUCAGAACGAGAUCUGGGUCCGCCUCGCUCGCUCGCUUGGCAAUCGCCCGCUCAGCGCCAUCUACACGCACGUCAAGCUCUGGUACCCCGUCGGAGGAAAAGACGAGGCUGACAAGAAGGGCGAGAAGUGGACGAAGGAGGAGGACGAGGCGCUCGCCAAGGCGGUCAAGGAGCUUGGAAACUCGUGGGUGCGCAUCGGGCAGGAGCUCGGCCGCAGCCGCGACUCGUGCAAGGACAGGUGGACGAAGCAGCUGCAGAACGGCGCGGUACUCAAGGCGGGAGCGGGCGCGGGUGGUGCUGCGCCUGCGACGGUCAAGAAGCAGGGCAAGUGGACCGAGGAGGAAGAGGAGCAGCUGCGCAAGCUCUACAAGAAGCACGGUGCGCAGUGGACGGUCAUCAGUGCCGAGAUGGGCGGAGCGAGGACGUCAACGCAGUGCCGGACAAAGUGGACCGACUACUUGCAGCGUCGCGAGGAGAAGAAGGAGAAGGAGCCGGCUGCCGACAAGGGUGACGCCGCCAAGUUGUGGCAUUGGCCAAAGCAAGGCUCAGCUCGUCUCGUCCAUGCCGUUGCCGCUCUCGACCCGAAGGACAAGACCGACAUCGACUACAAGAAGGUCUCCGACCCCGAGAUCGCCCCGCAGGGCGCGAAGAACCUUCGCGAUCGCUUCAGGAAGCUGAUGGAGAGCGCAGAGAAGAGCGUGAGGGAGGCAAAGGGGAUGGACGAGGGCGACGAGGUCGCUUUCGCCGACACCAUGGCGCAUCUCUUGGAAGAGUACCCGACGCCGACGUCUCUCCCAGGCAAGCGCAAGCGUCGUUCGAAGGCGGACAAGGCAGACGGCUCGCAGAAACGGACAAGGUCGAAGCCAGCCGGCGUCGGAAAGGUCAAGUCGAAGGAGCUGGUCUCGUCGAGCGAUGAGGAGAGUAGCGACGAUGAGGAGGCGUAG